UCCACCUAUAAAGUGGGUCCUUACCUGAUCUUUACUGACCGACACUGAAGAGCCUGGAGUCUUCACUGUUCUUACAUCAACUCCUAUCCGCGGUAUUUAUUUAUUAUUUUUUAUUUUUUUGCCGAUCUAAAACAGGAGAUCAGGUAUGGCAGAACAAGCCGCGGCAUUACUGAACGUGUGGAAAGGUGUGCGUACGGCUCGGCGCGGCUGGACGAGGAAGUGAGGCCGAACCGACAUAUUUCCGUGCGUGUGUGGAGUGCGUCAAUAAUGGACGAGUUUCGCUUUUCCCAACUGAAAAGCCAGACGCCGUAGGAGCCGCUCCGCGGUCUUUGUAUGCGCUCCUGUGCGCCAGGGAAGGCGCGAUGCCGGCGGCACCGUGGCGCGGCGCGGCGCUGCUGCUCUGCUGCGCGUGUUUGUGCGCCGCUCUGGAGCAGCGAGGCUGUAUCCUCGGUGAAGUGGGAAAGCCGGUGCUGCUGCCCUGCCACCCCAACUUGGGGAGACGGUUGAACUUUUCCGUUGAGUGGAGGAACCACGACGAGGCCGUGUUCAGGUCGCUGUGGGACGGGGAUGGGAACGUGGAGACGUGGAGCGUGAAUUAUGCCAGGAUUCCCACAGACGCGGCGGCCACUGGGAACUUCUCCCUGGAGCUGCCGUCAGCUCAGCCCAAACACGACGGGAGCCGAUACAGCCUGUUCAUGCUGUCAGGGGAGAACCAGAGCGCGCCUCUGUGUACCAGGUGUCUCAGGAUCGCAGCCAGUUUUAGGAUCCCCGAGGUGAGGAAGGAAGAAUCGUCCUACCUGUGUCGGUCCUGGGGGGGCUACCCCCAGCCUGUCGUCUACUGGCUCAUCAACGACAGCCGGCAGCCCCCCGACGGCGCCGUGACGACCCGGGCCCAGGCGCUCCCCGACUCCCAUCUGUACAACGUCACCAGCCAGCUGACCGUCAACGUAUCCAAAGACGACACCGUGUCGUGCACCGUCACGAAUCCGUCCACGAAUGAAACCCUGACGGCCAAACUGGGAGCCAGCAGCAGCGGGAGUCGCGCGUCGCAGGGCAUGUGGAUCUUCAGCACCGUCCUGUGCGUGGUGGUCGCCAUAAUGGUGCUCGCCGGGAUCUACUAUCAGCUCCACCUGGACAAGAUAAGCAAGCAGAGGAAGAAGGAAUACGUGGAGCCACGGAGAGGUCGACGAUAUCAGUACAAGCAGGCGACCGAGGAAAUGACGCCGGAGCCAAAAGAGACUGACGUGUGAAAGAAAAGGACAAGAAAAAAAAGUUCAUCUAUGGAUCCACCACCACUUUUUUAUGAUCAGUCCAAACAAACAAACAAAAAAAAAGCACUGACAUGUAAAUACUUCUGAAUCAUUGUGUUGCAUUUUCUAGAUGCUUAUCCUAAGCUUGCCGUCUACUUUUUUUUUUUUUCUUAAAUGUGCCGGCUGAUUGAUUCCAGUCAGAAAUGACAAGGACACUAGUAGCCUGGCACAGUCUGUUCUUAAUGAGAACAUGCGUCUAAUUUCCUCUUACUCUACAGGAAGUGAGGAAAAAUGGAUUUUUGAUGGUGAAGUCCAAAGAUCGGGCGGCUAACUCCAUAAUGUAAUGCUGUUACUGGUCACUUAUUGGUGUUUUGGGCGGUCAUCAUCCUGUUAAAGCACCAAUUUCCUCUUCAGUAUAACGCGGCACCACCUCCUCCUCGAGUAUUUGGAACCGAUUCCUGGUACCCAACAAACAGACCAGAUGGUGUACAGUGAGAAGUUUCCACAUAUUGUGAUCCCAAACCCCUCAUGAUUAUAGUGUAGUGUAAAUUGAAUUCAAAGAUUGGGGUCAAUUGUUGGAAUUAUUUCUCUUUAGCAAACCACAAAUUCUUCUGAACGUUUUUUUUUUUUUUGCCCCAACUCUGGGACAUUAUUGAUGCUUUUUUGCCAAAAACGUGCCUACACACA